AUGCUAGAACAGCAUCACUUAUCAACAAUGAGAUCAUGUGCCAAGGCCAAAUCAUUGAGAAGAGUUGUCUUCAUCUCAUGUACUGGGGCAGUGAAUUUUACUGAUGAUUUUGGAACACCAGGCAAAAUUUAUGAUGAAACAUGCUGGACCAAUGUCGAGCUUUGUAGGAGCUUAAAAAUGCCUGGCUGGAUGAACUUCGUGUCCAAAACACUUGCAGAAAGGGCUGCGUGUGAGUUUGCAGAGAAAAACAAUGUUGAUCUCAUUACAGUUGUACCAACUUUGGUAGUUGGGUCUUUUUUAACGCAGACUAUGCCUCCCAGCUUAGUUACAGCAUUGGCACUGUUAACAAGAAAUGAAGCACAUUACAAGAUAUUGAGACAAGUGCAGCUGGUUCCCUUAUAUGAUCUGGGCGUAUCACUCAUUUUCUUGUAUGAACGUCCCUGGACAAAGGGCAGAUAUAUCUCUUCCUCGCAUGAUGUCACCAUUGUUCAGUUGGCCAAAAUAUUGGCUCAGAAAUAUCCAGAGUACAAUAUUCCAACCGAAUUUAAAGAUGCAGAUGAGUCUUUGCCAGUUGUACCAUAUUCAUCAAAAAAGCUUGUUGACAUGGGUUUCCAAUUCAAGUCCACCAUAGAUGACAUGUUUGAUGGGGCCAUUCAAAGUUGUGUGGAGAAGGGACUUUUGCCAAAAAUAGGAAUCGGAGCACCAAGUGGCAUCGUCAAUAAUACUGAGUAG